AUGGCUGGAACUCACCAGAAGCUUCACGCUAUAAUGAUUGCAUACCCUCUCCAAGGUCACAUAAACCCCUUCGUAAAUCUAGCCAUGAAGCUUGCUUCAAAGGGCUUCACAAUCACCUUCGUCCACACUCAACACAUUCACCACCAGAUAACCCAAUCCCAAUCCCAAACACACACCACCACCGAACAACAUGACAUCUUCGCCGGAGCUCGUAAUUCCGGUCUCGACAUACGGUACACGACGAUCACCGACGGACUUCCGUUGGAGUUCGACCGAUCUUCGAAUUUUGUGCAGUAUUGGGAGUGUAUCUUGGAGGAUUUUCAGACCCAUGUCGAUGAAUACGUGGGGCGGAUGGUGAAGUCAGAUCCGUCGUCGGCGUAUUUCUUGAUCGCCGACACUUUUUUUGCGUGGCCGGCGACAGUUGCCGAGAAGUAUAACCUUGUGAAUGUUUCGUUUUGGACGGAACCCGCAUUGGUUUUCACCUUGAACUAUCACUUGGACCUGCUGAUUGAGAAUGGUCAUUUUGCUUCUCAUGAUAAUCGCAAGGACACGAUUGAUUACAUACCAGGGGUCCAAGCAAUAGAGCCCAAGGACUUGAUGUCUACUCUCCAGAAGACUGAUAUAUCCACAUUGGUGCACCGAGUGAUAUUCAAGGCAUUUGAGCAGGUCAAGAAAGCAGAUAUUGUAACAUGUAACACAGUCCAAGAACUUGAAUCCGAAACCAUCUCAGCUCUACAACAAAAGCUACCCACCUAUGCAAUUGGACCCAUCUUCCCUCUUGGCUUCACCAAAAGCAUUGUGGAUACGAACCUUUGGUCCGAGUCCGAGUGCACUCGGUGGCUCGACACUAAGCCACAUGGGUCAGUUUUGUAUGUUUCAUUUGGUAGCCUUGCAAAUAUUAGCGAACAUGAUUUCAUGGAGAUUGCCCAUGGCCUUUUGCUCAGCGGAGUGACCUUUGUUUGGGUGGUUCGGCCUGGUAUUGUAAAUUUGGAAGGUGAUAAUAAUUUGCCUGAUAGAUUUAAAGAUGUGAUCGGAGAUCAAGGAUUGAUUGUGCCAUGGUGUUGUCAGAUUGAAGUGAUCUCACAUUCGGCAAUCGGAGGGUUCUUGACUCAUUGUGGGUGGAACUCGAUAUUGGAAAGCAUGUGGUGUGGGGUUCCAUUGAUAUGUUUUCCUGUUGUGUACGAUCAAAUCACUAAUAGAAAAUUGGUGGUUGAUGACUGGAGGAUAGGAAUCAAUUUAUGUGAUAAGAAAUCAAUCACAAGGGAGGAAGUUGUGGAGAAAAUUAAUUCUCUGAUGAGAGGAAAUACGUCGUCAAAUGAGCUGAGAAAGGAGAUGAAGAAAGUGAAGAAGACACUGGAGAAUGCACUGGACAUUGAUGGAUCAUCAGAGAAAAACUUUGAACAAUUCAUCAAGAAAGUGAAGGAGCUGAUUGGAAAGAGAAAUGGACUUGAAAUCUGA